GUGGCCAACGGCUCCCUCUCCGCCGACAGCAGCCUCAUUGACUCACUCUACCCGGCCCGUGCAGCUCGAUUCGGGGCGACAAUUUGGAAGCAAACCGGGUCGGACCAGCCCAUUAGAACACCAAGGCUCCCCCGGCCCUUCUGUUUUGUCCGACUGCGGCGGCGGGGCGUGCUUUUUUCCUGGGGUUCUCGCUGGCCGGGGAGUCAGGGGAGGAGGGAGGGGGGCGAAGUACGGAGCUGAUCCGGAGCGAUGAUGGAGCUGGAGUCGGCCAGUAGCCGCGGCGAGCCGGGAGCCGCGGGGGACUCGCUGCUGCUGCAGCCGCCGACGCCGAGCCGGCACGAGAAGAGCCUGGGUCUGCUCACCACCAAGUUCGUGACCCUGCUGCAGGAGGCGAAGGACGGAGUGCUCGACCUGAAGGCGGCUGCAGACACCUUGGCCGUGCGGCAGAAACGGCGCAUUUACGAUAUCACUAAUGUGCUGGAGGGAAUCGGACUCAUAGAGAAGAAGUCCAAGAACAGCAUCCAAUGGAAGGGCGUGGGUCCAGGUUGUAACACCAGGGAGAUUGCCGAUAAGCUGAUUGAUCUGAAGGCAGAGCUCGACGAUCUGGCUCUCAGGGAACACGAGCUGGACCAGCAGAGAGUCUGGGUCCAACAGAGCAUCAAGAACGUGACGGACGACUCUGACAACAGCCCUAUGGCAUAUGUAAAACAUGAAGACCUCUGCGGAGCUUUCACAGGUGACACACUCCUUGCAAUCCGUGCUCCCAUUGGCACACAACUAGAGGUGCCCAUACCAGAAGCUGUCCUCAAUGGUCAAAGGAAAUACCAGAUCCGUCUCAAGAGCUCGUCAGGUCCUAUCGAGGUUCUGCUCGUCAACAAGGACCCGUCCAGCGCCUCUCCGGUCGUGUUGCCCGUCCCUCCACCAGAUGACGUCCUUCAGAACCUCCCGGCACCAGCACCUACCUCCCAGCCGGCCACUGCUGCCUCCCAGGUCCCCAAAGGAGCUCCAGCCACUUCUGCAAAACCCGUUCCUGCCGCAACACCAGUCUCAGUGACAGAGGUGACGAGCACCACGCCACUCACCCCGACAACAGAUUCGUCUGCUGCAGUCACUCAGCAGCUUCAGUCGUCUGCCUCGCUGGAUGGAUCUGCAUCCUCCUCUGCUUCUGCAGUGUUCGAACCGAUUAAGUCGGAUCCGUCUGAAUUGCUGGACUUCCCCAAAGACCUCUCGGAUAUGUUCGAUCCAACAAGAGAGAUCAUGAGUGGAGAUUUGCUGGAGGACUUGAUGUCAUCAGAAGUGUUCUCGCCCCUCCUCCGUCUGUCCCCCCCACCCAGCGACCAUGACUACAUAUACAACCUGGACGAGACAGAGGGGUUGUGUGACCUCUUCGACGUCCCCAUUCUCAACCUCUGACCCCUGAGGUUGCAGUUGCCCUUUACAUGCUGAUCUACUGUCAGCUCCUCACUGACAGUGAAGGAAAGAAGAGGUGCAGGGAAGUCCACGCGAUCUGACGAUUCCUCCCGGGAUACCUCUGCACUGACACGUUGAGCUUGGGCUGAGCUCUGUCAGACAGCAGCUCCAUGUACAGCCUCGUGAAGAAACACAGAUGAGAACAAAACAUUUAAUCUCUUUUUUUUCCCAAGGAGACAACAAGUUGCAACGAAUGACAAAUAAUUAUAUUUUUGGAUCCUCAUGUAUUAUAAAUCUUUGUUUAUUAGCUUUCCUGAAUGGAAAGAGUGUGUGGUUGUGAGUCUGCGCCUGCUUGUUGUUUUUGUAUUGAACACUCUCAAUCUCCAGGAGAAAAAAUAAAAAUAAACCUAUUGGAGCAAAGCCUUUAUCACCCGGCCGCUGCUCCAGACUCAGCUGGUUAAUCAUGCACUGUCCUCAUGUACAUAGAGAAUAUAUAUAUUUUGGAAUACCAGCUCACAAGGUUAUUGUAUUAAUAAGAACUAUAUUUGUGACACAGGCAGAGCAAUACUACAAAAAACAGAGGUACAAGACUCCAAUCGUCAUACUGUAUAUGUAUGAAGUGCUUUGUUUUAAAUAAUGGGACUGGUCUGGACUCCAGUGCUGAAGUGUCGUUGGGUUCCAGUCAGAGAAAACUGUUGUUAAUAUUAAGCUAUUGAAGCCAAUUAUCUUUUAUCACGUAAACAAGCCACGGACCAAAAAAGAAAAUAUCGGAGUGAGGGGGGAAGUUUUAGAACCAUUUUCGAUUUAAAACUUUUUUUUGAAAAAUAAUGAAAAAUAAAAAUUUCUCCUUUAAACUCCACAUGUUGUUUAACGGGUUCAAUAUUGGCACUGCUACACUGAGACUUUUGAUCAUUGUCUCAGUGCUGUUUUCAUUUUGCCUCUGUACUGUUACUGUUGGACCUUUUCAGAUUUUUCAUUGGCUCAGAUUUAUAUAUAAUUUAACUGGUGAUUGUCACAGGAGUAACGUGUUUUUUUUUCUUCUUACCCCUUUGAAAAUUAGUUUUUAAGGAGAUUGUCUCGCAACUUUUAUGUAUGUAUGUAUAUGAAUACCAUUGUACUCAGUUCAUUUGUAUGUAAAAGGACAUGUAUGUAUUUCUGAUGUAUUUUUACUGAUGCAGUGAGUAUAGUUGACCAUGUCAUUAAAUAUGAUCCAGUUUUUGUAUAUUUGGCACAAUGUUCCUUUUCAAUGGUUUUGUAUUUUUCACGCCAGUCUGAGCUCUGUUCAUGCUUAUUGCUUUAAAUUUAGCUUGUCUAUUCUCUCUCGCUCUGAGUAGCAACUCAGGAUGAGUUGUGACUUGUACAUCAUAAAAUGUAUACAUCUGUAAAAUCCCCUUUUUGUGGAAUAAUAUCCUUUUUUUUGGCCAUGGAUGACCGUGUAUGUAUGUACAGUAUGCACUGUGUAUAUCCUUCUCUACUGCUUGUAUAGAAUAGCAUUUAUUUUUUUAUACCUGCUAGAUAUAUUAUCGUAUCUACUCAUUUUGGGGGCUACACUUAAAAAAUUUCAAGGGAUUUUCCCACAGAAUCUUCUGCUUCAUCGAAGCAGAUCAUCCUGUCUCAUCGUUGCACUUUACACUGCUGUGGACCGACCCGUUGCCAAUCGUCCUCGUCGCGUUCGGACAGUGUUGUGAGCAGCCCGGGGGAGUGUUCUGGGGGGUUGAAUGAAUCAUGUCCGCGUGAGACUCAGACCUACAGACUGUUUUUUUUAAACAGGCUCACCAUUGUUAAGCUGUAGUUGCAUCAAAUGAUACAGAAUAAACUCUUUGGUAUUCUU